AUGGCUGAUUUAGACGAUGAACGACUUAUACAAAAUCCUAUUUUGCGAUUAAAAGCAGCACUUCAUGCAGCAUGCGGUAAAAUUUGUGAUCAACUGCAAAUACAAUCAAAUAUUACUGUAGACAAACAAGUUGUAGCUGCAGUUGGUGACGUAACAUUUCAACAAAUAGAAACAUUUUGUCAAGAUCUUGAUGUAUUUUCAAAACAUGGUAAACGAACAACUAUCAACGCAGACGAUGUACGUCUUCUUUGUCGCCGUAAUCCAGGUCUACUUGAUAAAAUUGAUGAUGUUCAACGUUCAUUAAAACCAUCGAAACCAACAAGUCGAUCAAGUAAUAGUCGGAGUAAUAUAUCAUCGCGCUAUGAUGAUCAUAAUGUUGAUAUAACUGUCGUUGAAUCAUCAUCAGAUAUGGAUGAUAUAAACUGA